AUUUAUUCAUGAUUUGAACAAGCUGGGUAAGGUUUGGCUGAUAACUCCCAAGCACAUGUGCACACCACCACCAACGCUCACAAGCUAUUGUCACUUCAUCUGUUAUUGAAGACCGACCGAAGUGGUUAUCAAAACUAGUCAUCUCUUUGAACAAUGUUUGGAGGCUACUAUGACGAUGACGACGUCGAAAUGACCGGGGGCAGCUUCCCCGUUGAUUGGCGCCGAGCAGCUCAAGCUACGCUGCAAUCCCGGAAUCAGACAUUUCGUGAAUAUUUCCGAUGCUAUCCAGUCGUUAUGCUUCCUGGAACCGAGCGAGAGAAUCUGAAUUACGGCGGAAAGAUAAUAUUACCGACGUCAGCGCUCAACAAGCUCACGAGACUCAAUAUCUCGUAUCCUAUGCUGUUUGAGCUGACGAACGAAGAGGUUGAGCUGAGCACGCACGCUGGUGUUCUUGAAUUUAUUGCUGAAGAAGGACGUGUUUAUUUGCCACAAUGGAUGAUGGAGCGUCUGGCGUUACAGCCUGGAUCGCUGGUAGUGGUGGCAAGUACGAACCUGCCAAUGGGCUUCUUUGUGAAAAUUGAGCCUCAAUCGCCCGACUUUCUUGACAUAUCAGAUCCCAAGGCGGUUCUCGAGAACGCUCUUCGAAACUUCACUACACUGACGGUCGAUGAUAUAUUCGAGAUCAAAUACAACAACAAGAUCUACCGGAUUCGCGUGCUGGAGAUCAAGCCGGCAAACAAGACUGGCAUUUCCGUCGUCGAGACCGAUCUUGAGGUCGAUUUCGCCCCGCCAGUGGGGUAUGUGGAGCCUUCUCGAAUGAACACACCAAUGUCAAACAACCCGUCUUUGUUGCCUACGCCAGAUGGACACAGUAUGGCGACACUUAUUGGAUACGCCGAUCUUGUGGGCGCGUCUCAGUCAUCUGCUUCGCUCCCAGCCACUCAGCAGUCUUCGGGCCAUCGCCUGUCAGGCCGGCCAGUGGCCACGGGCUCUAUAUCAAGCACGCCGUCUGCGGUAUCUGUGCCUAGUCUCGCAGAUGCGAUGCGCAAAGGCAGCGAGUUUGCUGUGACAGCGCGCGACAAGGCUGACAAGGACCGAUCGAUUCCAGCACCUCUGCGACUGCCGUUCGGACAGCUUUUCUUUGGGUACCCAGUCGUCCCUGUGAAGGACUCUACUGCGUCUGCUUGAUGAGUGAUUACUAUAUGAGUAGUAUGUUCCUAUGUAGACGUCACUUUAGAUUGCUAGGGAGUUUUGUGAAUGAAGAAGCCUUGUAAAUAAUAAUUACACGAA